CAGAAAGCCGUUUGAUUUCGGUUCAACUCCUGUCAGCUCGGUGCGACAGUUCCUGGCUCGCCGUCAUCUGUAUCGUAGACCAGCCUACGACUCCGCGGCUGAAGGAAAACACGAUAAAAAGCAGCAUAUCAUGGACGAAAGUGCUCCACGUCCUGGCCGCUCUAUGUUUGCGUGGCUGGUGGGAGCGUCACAGUUGCUGGGUGUGGCGUCCGUGGUGCUGACCGGCGUGUGGAUGGGUCACUACCGCGGGGGCUUCGCCUGGGACGGCUCAGGGCGGGAGUUUAACGUGCACCCUCUGUGCAUGGUGCUGGGACUGGUCUUCCUGCAGGGCGACGCCAUCCUGGUCUACAGAGUUUUCCGCAAUGAGGCGAAGAGGAACGUAAAGGUGCUUCAUGGCAUCAUCCACCUGCUGGCCCUCAUCAUCAGCAUCGUAGGUACUGUAGCUGUGUUUGACUUCCACAGAGCAUCAAAGACCCCAGACAUGUACACUCUACACAGCUGGUGCGGCAUGGCUACCUUAGUCUUAUUCUCCAUACAGUGGGUGAUGGGUUUGCUGUUCUUCCUCUUUCCUGUUGCGUCGUCAUGGUUACGAGCCUCAUACCUGCCCAUCCACGUGUUCAGCGGUCUGGUUCUGCUGGUUAUGGCCAUAGGGAGCAGCCUGCUCGGCAUCACGGAGAAACUCCUCUUCAGCAUCAUGCCGACCUACUCUCAGUUUGCCUCAGAGGGGGUGCUGGCCAACAUCUUGGGGAUCCUGCUGGUGGGUUUCGGGGUGCUGCUGGGCUACCUGAUCACCAAGGAGGAGUUCAGGCGUCCGCCGAACCCAGAGGAAGAGGCUCUGUCUGUCCACUUCAAGACCCUGACGGAGGGGGGGUCCCCCACCUCGCCGUGACCCCCAGCGGGACGUCUGACACCUCCCUGUCGCCUGGAUACCAACAGUGUCCCGCCAACCUAUCUGACCCAUUUGAUCUCAGAUUACUGAACAGACCGGUCAAGGAAGAAAAAACAAGUUCGGACUUUAAUCUCAGAAAUCUGAGAAUAAAGUCAGAAUUCUGACUUGACUUUGUUCUAAGUCAGAAUUUUGAGAAUAAACUCAAAUACAUUUUUUCACGUGGCCCUAAUCCUCUUCAGCUGUCAAUAAUUAAUGUUAAAUCUAGCCGCAUUUAAACUUGGUUGUUGCCCGGUUUGUUUGGACCACUUUUUUAAGUUUAUGGUCUGUACUCAGUUACAGGUCAUCUGUGAGGGAUGAAGCUCCGUUCUGUAACACCACUGUCCAAUCAGAGUAGGCUGAACGUUUUUGUAGUCCAAACUAAAUCAACCAAACUCUAAAUCAAGUGAUAUGUCCGGGGCCACAUUCUCGAAGUUAAACUUUAAUUUGUAUCAUAUCAAUAAUUUAAGAUCAACUUUAUAGUUUUAAUAUAGAGCCGUCAGUAUUUGGAUGAAGUAGCUCGUGAAAAAUAUAGUUUGCCAAGUUUAGUAGUCCACACCUGUUCAAUAUGCUGGAUACGUAUCUAAUCAACAUUUCAUAUUUUCUGUUAUAUAGUUAUGUAUACUGAGCAUCCUUGGCAAAAACAUUUCUUUUUUGGUUGAAAUAAGUUGGUGCUCUAGUGUGCACUGAUUGGCUGUGUCAUUUAGGUAAAUAUCAUGUAUUUGUAUAUUGGCACAUACUCAAUAUUAAAUAACUCAGACCGGUAGGGCCAAAAUAACUUGAUGUAGACAUCCCUAGUUGGCACUAUUGUCUGUUACACACCAAAAGUCAAACUGAUGCUCACAUUUGAGAAUCUCCACCCAUAUGCAGAUGACAUCUUAAUUUUCACUAAGUCGUAAUGUCUAAAUAAAAUCCAGCCCUUUGCACAGAAUCUGAGUGAACUUAUUCUGCAACUGGCCAAGCGAUCAUCCAAGAUAGGCGUAAUCUAAAGGGGGGAUUGUCAAAACUGGCCAGUGUAAUACCCUCAAAUAUCUAAUAAUAAUUUCCUUUUACAUAAAUAAAGAUGUUUGCACCAUAACUUGAUGCAGAAAAGGCACACAUUCUUGCAUAAACAUUCACUACAACGCAGCAAAUUAAGUAUUUAAUAUGCUCAAAAUUUCAAGUCUGCUAAAAGUCUCAAAUUGGUCCAUUAGUUAGCGGUUUGUAUUUAAAUGGUCUGUCAUGUUUAAUAUAUCUGUUCAGUGUGUAUUCACAUGUACUGUAUGUGGUUAGUUUGUUAACUUGAUGCACUUUUACCUAAAGAUGUUAAAUUCAUGUCUUUGUGUGUGUGUAACCAAUUUAUGUAUAACAUGUUGCUACAGUUUUUUUUUGUUUUGGCUUGACUUCAGGACGCCGCACCAGUGCCUAAUACAAAAGCCUUUACUGAAAAUGAACUGGACGUUGUUUGCCUUAUGUAUUUCUUACUGAAGAGGAUUAGGGCCACAUGUGAAAAAUUUAUUUGAGGUUUGAGUUUAAAGUGAGAAUUCUGACUUCAUCCUCAGAUUUUUUUUCUUCAGAAUUCUGUGUUCAAAGUCGGAAUUCUAAGAAAAAUCUCAGAAUUCCGACUUUAAAUUCAGAACUUGAAUUCAUUUUUCACGUGUGGCCCUAAUCGUCUUUCGCAAUUUCUUGACAGUGUCAUCUUUGAAAGAGAAGUUUAAAUCUUAUUGGGACAACCUGAAGUAAAUAAUAACGUGUGAAACUUGAUGCUUUUGGUCCAGUUGUGUUUUUAACACCUGACUUAAACUUCUGAUAUAAUCUUAGAUGUUAAAGCUGCAUCAUGUGUGUGGGUUUAACUAUUUAUUUAAAAGCAAUGAUAACGCAUUUAAAAUCCUUACAUUUGAAUGCCCCAGAGGAACCUUCAGAAAUGGGCUGCAAUCGCACCCAGUAUCUAAGAAAUACUGUAGCUAACCACAAUUAAAAAUAAAUAAAUUACAAGAGUA